AUGCCCACUCUAAGCACUGAGGCUUGUGCUAGGUUAAUUGACCCUGUCUCUUUUGCGGAAGUCAAGUCAGCAGUAUUCAGUAUGAGCCCUUUUAAGGCUCCUGGUCCAGAUGGCUUUCAAGCUUAUUUUUUUAAAGAAUAUUGGGAGAUAGAUUUCAGGCCUAUUAGCUUGUGUAAUGUUGUUUAUAAAAUUAUCACCAAAGUAUUGACUAACCGACUUCGGCCUUUUCUUCCAGAUAUUGUUAGUCCUUUACAAGGAGGUUUUAUUCCGGGUCGUGGUGCUCCUGAUAAUAUUAUUGUGGCCCAAGAAAUUUUGAAUUUCAUGAAGCACACAAAAUCCAAGAAAGGUACUAUUGCUUUUAAAAUUGAUCUUGAAAAAGCUUAUGAUAGGGUGGAUUGGAGGUUUUUGGAGAGUACUCUCAUUGCUUUUGGUUUUCCUAUCAUCACUGUUAAUUUGAUUAUGACUUGUGUCCGUGCAUCCUCUCUUUCUAUUAUGUGGAAUGGGAAUAGAUUGGAUAGUUUUGCUCCUAGAAGGGGGCUUAGACAGGGCGAUCCAAUGUCUCCUUACUUAUUUGCUACAAAAAGUCAGGUCCAAAUGGUCAUGCAUUCUCUUAACAUUUUUUGCAAGGCAUCUGGCAUGAAAGUGAAUCUUGAAAAGUCUAAAGCUUUUUGUUCUAAAAAUGUGACUGCUCGUAGAAGAGAUAUUUUUACUAGUGUUUCUUCAAUACGUUUUGCUUUGGACUUAGGAAGAUAUCUUGGAGUUAACCUUAAUCAUUCCCGUACCAGUAGGGCUUCUUUUCAUUCGGUGAUUGAAAAGGUGAGGGGAAGAUUAGCUAAUUGGAAAGGAAGGCUUCUAAAUAAAGCAGGGAGACUUUGCCUGAUCAAUUCUGUUGCAGCAUCCAUUCCUGUCUAUCAUAUGCAGGACAAGCCUUGGGUUGCUCUAUUGAGGGCGAAGUAUCUGAGGAAUGAGGGAGUUUUAGAUGGCCCUGUCCCUUGCAAUGCUUCUCAUCUUUGGAAGAGUAUCUCAAAGGCUUUUGGUGCUCUUAAGGAUGCCUUCUCUUGGUGCGUUGGGUCAUUUAACCAAUCUUUUUGGUUUGACAAUUGGAGUAUUGAGGGCCCAAUUGCUCAAGAUGUCCCUUUUGUACAUAUAUCUGACUCUGAUUUAACUAUUAGAGACGUUUGGAAAGAUGGUCAAUGGAAUCUCCAUGAUAUUUUUUCUAUCAUUCCAGAAGAUGUCAAACAGCGUUUGAAUGCUUAUAAUCCGGAUUUGAAUGCUGGAGAGAGUUCGGGUUGGUCAUGGGGUGUGGCAUCUUCUAGACUCUACUCAGCUAGGAGUGGGUACAGUUGGCUAGCCAAAAGAAAGUUUGACUGGAAUGAGCAUGAUAAUUGGUUGUGGGUAUGGCGUCUGCAUAUUCCUGAGAAGUAUAAGUUCUUGAUUUGGCUCAGUCUUCAUAAUGCUAUUCCUACGGCAGAGUUUCGUUUGGGUCGUGGUUUAGCUUUAUCUAGCACCUGUCAUCGGUGUCAGAAUGGUUCUGAAUCCAUUCUUCAUUGUCUUCGGGAGUGCCCUAGUGCCAAGGAGGUCUGGACCCUUUUAGGCCUGUAUUCAGAUAACUCGAAUUUACAUUAUUGGCUCUACAGAGGUGCAAGGAGUGGAGAUGCUUUUCUUUUCUUUUCAACCAUCUGGUGGAUUUGGAGAAGCAGGAAUCAUGACUUAUUUAAUAUAGAUGAUUCAUGGAGUGCUAGUAAAGUGGUGAGUUUGAUUCGUAGUUCAGUAAGGGAGUUUCACACUAUUUUUGCUAUGCAUCAAUCUCUGUCUCCUCCUUCACUUUGUUUGCAUUGGGUUCCACCUCCAGUUCAUUCUGUUAAAUUGAAUUGUGAUGCUAGUUGGUUUGCUCCUUCUGGCUAUGCUGGUUUUGGUUGUAUUAUUCGCAAUCCUGAUGGAUGUUGGUUGAAAGGUUGCACUAGAAAAGUCGAAGUGUGCAUUGUUCUUUUUACUGAAUUGUAUGCAAUUUGGAGAGGUUUACUUCUUGCUUGGGAGAGUGGAUUUCGUGAGCUUAUUUGUGAAACAGACUGUUUAGAAGCUCUUUUCUUGGUAAACCAAAGAAUGCUUAGUAAGGAUAUUCCGGAAUGGGAUUUGGCAAAGCAUAUUCAGGAGAGGACUGCAAAUAGUGUUGCAGAUUGUAUGGCUAAAGCAGCUGCUUCUGUCGCGGACAUUCACUCGAAUUGGAGCCAACCAUGGAGUGAGCUUCAACAUCUAAUAGAUUUAGAUAUGACCCUAGCCAAUUAA